CGGAACCGGAAGCGCGCGUCGGACGGAGCGCGGAUCGCCGGCGGCGCAGGAGCGCGCGGGGCGGCGCGGGUCCGGGCAUGAAGCUGGACCGGGCCGCGCUGGCCCUGCUGCUGCUGCUGCUGCUGGCCCCGUGUGUGGUGCGCGCAGUGGAGCCCAUCAGCGUCGGGCUGGCGCUGGCCGGCGUGCUCACCAGCUACAUCUCCUACCCGCAUCUCUACUGCUUCUUCGCCGAGUGCUGCGGCCAGAGUCGGAGCCUGAGCCGGGAGGCGCUGCAGAAGGACCUGGACAACAAGCUCUUCGGACAGCAUCUUGCAAAGAAGGUCAUCGUGAACGCCGUGUCCGGUUUCCUGAGCAACCCGAAACCCAAGAAGCCGCUGACCCUCUCCCUGCACGGCUGGACGGGCACCGGCAAGAAUUUCGUCAGCAAGAUCAUCGCGGAGAACAUUUACGAGGCCGGGCUGAACAGUGACUAUGUGCACCUGUUCGUGGCCACGCUGCACUUCCCGCACGCCUCCAACAUCUCCCUCUAUAAGGAUCAGUUACAAUUGUGGAUCCGAGGCAACGUGAGCGCCUGCGCGAGGUCGAUCUUCAUCUUUGACGAGAUGGACAAGAUGCACGCCGGCCUCAUCGACGCCAUCAAGCCCUUCCUGGACUACUACGGCGUGGUAGACAAGGUCUCCUACCAGAAGGCCAUCUUCAUCUUCCUCAGCAACGCAGGAGCCGAGCGCAUCACCGACGUGGCGCUGGAUUUCUGGCGUGGCGGGCGGAGCAGGGAGGACAUCAAGCUGAGGGACAUGGAGCAGGCCCUGUCCGUGUCGGUCUUCAACAAUAGGAACAGUGGCUUCUGGCACAGCAGCCUCAUUGACCGGAACCUCAUCGACUAUUUCGUCCCCUUCCUCCCCCUGGAAUACAAACACCUCAAGAUGUGCAUCCGCGUGGAGAUGCAGGCCCGCGGCUAUGAGAUCGACGAGGACAUCGUAAGCAGGGUGGCCGACGAGAUGACGUUCUUCCCCAAGGAGGAGAGAGUGUUCUCCGACAAGGGCUGCAAAACUGUGUUCACCAAGUUGGAUUAUUACCUCGAUGACUGACGGCCCCACACUCACCCAGCCGCAGCCGGGACAAGGCUCCGGGCUGUGCCCGUGGGAUGCGACGGAGCUCUGCGCGCUGCUUUCAUUCCAUGGGGGCCGCGGGCAGCCACACUUGGGGGUCAUGAGCACAGACGGAAACUUUCAGAACCUUCCAGGAGGAAGCGACCAGCUCCCAGCCCACUCCUCCCAUGAAUUUUUAAAAAGUAUGUGUUAAGCCAGGUGCGCUGGUGCACCCGUCAUCCCAGCAUUCGGGAGGCUGAGGCAGGAGGAUCACUGUGAGUUCGAGGCCAGCCUGGGCUACAAAGUGAGCUCAA